AUGUGUACCACUGGUUGAGAAACACCGUUAUAUGGGACUGAGAUGAACUAGAAUGCCUGUUUUGUAUGGCAGUGUUUUUUGUCUUGUUACCUUACUCCUUUUGUUGUGGGACUGGAAAAGCUGCCAGGGAAACUUGCAGAAGCAGAUCCCAGAGGGAGCUUGGUAAGGUUAAGUGCUGGAAUUUACAAACCGAGUGGGCGGGAUCUCUGACUCCUGGCCUGGGAGGAGCAAGUAGGCAGGCCAGCUGGUUGGUGCUGGAAUGCUCCUAACACAUGCAAUUCAAUCUUGGAAUGGGGGAAGGAAGGCUUCUGCCAACCAACCAACUGACUUCUGUGGGAGGAGCUGCAAGGAGACAGGGAGGAGGAGUCUAAGAGUAAUAAAUAAGGAGCAUCUGUUUGCAGUUGCCGCACAGCCUCCUGCACUUCACCAGUAGAGAUGCAGUCCCAUGAAGAAAUGGCAUGUCUUUUAGCCAACGUCACCAUGUUCAGCAAGAAGAAGAAACGCAUUGAGAUCUCUGCCCCCUCCAACUUUGAGCACCGAGUCCACACUGGAUACGACCAACAAGAGCAGAAGUUCACUGGGCUGCCAAGGCAAUGGCAGGGCAUCAUCGAGGAGUCGGCCAAGCGGCCCAAGCCACUGGUGGAUCCCGUGUGCAUCACGGCUAUUCAGCAUGGCUCGCAGAAGGCAGAGCCCAGGUCUGUGAGGCCCCAGGAGCUGGCGUCCAACGGACCAGUGAGUGAGAGCGGUAGCUCCUCCAGGGCUCAGCAGCCAGGCCAGCCACGAUCCAAGAACUCGGAGCCGCCCCAUCCAGGACUCUCCCCGCAUGCGUCAGACCCCCACUUACCUCGCCCCUCCCAGCCAUCUUAUGUCCAGCAGCCCCAGCCGCCACCCCUGCCUCCGCCCACAGCCUCCCAGCAGCCUCGCUCCCCACAGCGUGAGCCCCAGCGGGUCUCCCACGAACAGUUCCGAGCCGCCCUGCAGAUGGUAGUUGACCCAGGUGACCCCAGGACCUACUUGGACAACUUCAUUAAAAUCGGCGAAGGCUCCACGGGCAUCGUCUGCAUCGCCACGGUCAAGAGCACCGGCAAGCUGGUGGCAGUGAAGAAAAUGGACCUGCGGAAGCAGCAGAGGCGUGAGCUGCUGUUUAAUGAGGUGGUGAUCAUGAGGGACUACCAGCAUGAGAAUGUGGUGGAGAUGUACAACAGCUACCUGGUGGGGGACGAGCUGUGGGUGGUGAUGGAGUUCCUGGAAGGGGGAGCUCUCACGGACAUCGUCACGCACACCAGGAUGAAUGAAGAGCAGAUCGCGGCUGUGUGCCUGGCCGUGCUGAAAGCCCUGUCUGUCCUCCAUGCCCAGGGCGUCAUCCACCGGGACAUCAAGAGUGACUCCAUCCUGCUCACUCACGACGGCAAGGUGAGUGCCGUGGGAACGGGGCAGCUGGGGUAUCUCCUAUGGGGCCAGCAACACCUAGGGGUGCCUGUUUGCGCACAAGUGAACAAAGAGGUUCCGCGGCGGAAGUCGCUGGUGGGCACCCCCUACUGGAUGGCACCAGAGCUCAUCUCCCGACUACCGUAUGGGCCAGAGGUGGACAUCUGGUCCCUCGGCGUGAUGGUGAUAGAAAUGGUGGAUGGAGAGCCCCCUUAUUUUAACGAGCCCCCUCUAAAGGCAAUGAAGAUGAUCAGGGACAACCUGCCCCCCAGACUGAAAAAUGCACACAAGGUUUCGCCUUCCCUCAAAGGGUUCCUGGACCGCUUGCUGGUGAGAGACCCCGCCCAGCGAGCCUCUGCCAACGAACUCCUGAAACACCCCUUCCUGACCAAGGCCGGGCCUCCGUCCAGCAUCGUGCCGCUCAUGAGGCAGAACCGGAUGAGAUGAGGCAGCUGCACCAAAGAGCCGUGGCCAUGUCAUUGCCUCGUUCCCCGGGUGCUCCCGCCACUCCCUUCAGCCGCUGUGGCGGGGCCUGGCUCCGGGCAGCCCAGCCAGCAGCAGGACAGCCUGGCGCUCGGUCCCCAGAGCCCUGCGAGUUCCCGGCGUGCCCCGUUCUCUGCAGGGCCAUUAACUGGAUUGACAACGGUGCCACUACUGUCGUGACUGCAGCAGGGACUCGCCUGCCCUCGCCCCGUCCUGCUGAGUGGGGCGGGGGGGUUUUAAUGACUUGACAAUGUCUGAUCCAAAGGGUAGUUUCUAUACACGCAGGCCAGGCAGGGAGCACCAGAGGCUGAACCACACUGGAACUUUUCAGCUGCCUCUAGACAGCUGUGCCCGUCCCCUUUAUGGCUGCAGGCCCUGUCGUCCCGGGUCAGGCUAGGCAGGAGCCCCGCGGGCUUUGGCUUUGGCGCUGGGGGAGCCGAGCAUGCCCAGCAGCCGGCCGUGGCUGGGCUGUGGACAGCCCGGCUCUCCCCCGAGAGCAGGGUGGAGGGGCUGCCGUUGCGCCGUCCCUCACAGGAGAGGCCAGGCUGCUUUUGCAGGUCCCAAGGAUGCUGCCCAGCAGGUUCUCUCUCUCUCUCGUCACACGGAUCUGGUGAGCAGUGAGCUGGCUCUGGCCUCUGCUGCUCGGGGUCCUUGCAACCUGGCUGAGCCCGCUGCAGCCCCCUCCACUUAGGUAUCCCAGCAAGCACUGCCCCUGCCUAACCCACCUGGGCCAGGGAGUCCCCAGGGCCCAGCCCCUUGCCCUCCCUAGCGCUCAGCCACGAAGGCUCAGCUGCUGUGCUGGGACUGGCAUAGCGGGAAGGGAACUGCGGCCUGUGCUUACAGCGCUGGCAGGCUGGGGCCACAAGGGCUAGCUGGGGGGAAGGGGCACUGGGCUGUGAUAGCCGCCAGCACUGUGGAAAGGUGGCGGAUUCCCUCCCCUGAGCUAGGGGCCGGGUGCCCUGUCUUGCAGCGAGGCCCCUGCGGCAGUUCACUGGAAGCUGUUGCGUUUACUUCCCGUUCCGUCAGGGCCACGGGGGCUGCGUGGGGAGGGGUCCACCUAUGGACUGUGCACAGACACUGAGCCAAGCUGCAGGGGGUCCCUGGCCCACGGGGCCGUGCAAACCACUCGGCAUGGUGCUUGGGCUGGGGGCUCACGCGGUUCUGGAACUGCAGUUCCCCCAGCUGCCUUACUGCCAUUUCCUCCUCUGAGCGCGUCCAAGCGCGGGACCCAGAGGGGAGGGGCUCCCAAGCACACGGGGAUUGUUGGUUUAUUUUACCUGGUUUUCCUGGCCACGGGAGGAGCAGACCUGAGCUAGGGCCAUGUCCCUGGAGCCCAGCUGGUGUAGGGUGACAGGAGCUCUUCCCCUUGGCCCUUCGCCCUUGGCCCUUCGCCCAUAGACUGGCUCAUUAGAAACUGGACGUUACUCCUGUAAAGUGCCCACAGCAGGAAGGGCCUGCCCC